GCAAAUUUACAUACGAAUAACUCGCACAUGUCACAAUGUGUCAAUAAAUAUUCAGUUCUCAAAAGACAUUGUACCCAUAUUUGUAAGAAUAUGAAGAAAAAGAUCUGUCCUCCUUCCCCUAUCUAUUCCCUUCCCUUUUUAAUUCUGUGGUUUGUUCUCCGGAGGUCGCGUCGCUUGUGUGUCGAAUAUUUUUAUUGUCGUGUUUAAUUUCGUUGUUGUUUUUUCUUUGUAGCUUCUUGUGUGUGUGUUGAGUGGAGUUUAAAUGACAUGUAUGUCAUACCAUUUAGUUAAUGUGAAAAAUAUAAAAGCUUUUUUCUUUCGAUAUGACUGAAGACAUGGACAUAGCCCAAAAAUGUGUUUUGGGCAAAAUAGAACUGGCAUCUAUAGUAGAGAACUCUGAUGGGACUGUGUACUACUCCUGUGUGGAAUGUUCUGCUGGUUUUGAGGACAAGGAAGAGCUUGAAAUGCAUAUGGUCACUCACAACGGGGAGUACCGGUUCUUCUGUGGCAUCUGUGGCAUUGGUUUGAAACGUAAGGAGCAUUUAAAUAGACAUACACUGGAGCACCAGGAGGUUCGGCCUUUUGUUUGUCCUGAAUGUGGGAAACGCUUCAAGCGGAAAGAACAUAUGAAAAUCCAUAUCCGCUCCAUACACAAUGGAGAAAAGAAUGAGGCUUGCCCUAUGUGUGAUAAAAUGUUCCACCGUAAGGAUCACCUAAGGAAACACAUACAGACACACACUAAAUUGUUCAUCAUGGAUCAGAACUCAGAUUCGGCCAGUAGUCAGGAGUAUGAAGACAGUACGGAGGAUAUUAUUGACGAAGAUAUCAAACCGAAUAUAUUAGAGGGCCAGUGUGAAGUCAUCGUGGAGGAGCGUGACGAGAAGUACAACAUGCGGGAGAGUUUCAAUGAAAUUCAAUCUAUUGAGAGGCCUUACGUGUGUCCGGUGUGCAAAAAGUCGUACAAGAGGAAAGAUCACCUCAAGAUACACAGCUGGACGCAUACCAAAAAGGAUAAAGUGUGCUCCGAGUGUGGGAAAACAUUCCAUCGUAGAGAUCACCUUUUAAAACAUAUACAAACGCACAAUAGAGUUUUUGUAGACCAGAUUCCAGACUUAAGAACUCAGGAUUACUCAGAUAUAAAACAGGAAAUAGAUGAAGAUAGCAACACCUUGGAGGGUGAAGUUAUAAUACAGGAGCAUGAAGAUACGUUCAACUCGAAACAAAGUUUUAAUGAAACACAAUCAGCUGAGAGGCCCUUCAUGUGUCCGGUGUGUAAAAAAUCUUACAAGAGGAAAGAUCACCUCAAGAUACACAGCUGGACUCAUAUGAGGAAGGAUAAGAUUUGUUCGGAGUGCGGCAAAGGUUUCCACACGCAUGACCAGUUGCUGACUCAUAUGAACGUCCACCUUCAGUCCUUUACCAUGUACAAGGGAGACGAUGACUACAUCAACGGAGAGCCUAUUGAAGCUGAAGAAUUUAUGACAGAUAACAGCUUGCUCGUCGAGCGCUCGUCUCUAUACAACGGCGAGAGUCGACCUCACGAGUGCGGCAUCUGUCACCGGCGCUUCAAGAGGAAACAGCAUCUGAAGGUGCAUCUCAACGUGCACGCGAAACACACGAACAACAGCGUGUGGUGCGCGUCGUGUGGGGAAGGUUUCCUCUCCAAUAAUGAUUUCGAGAGUCACGAUUGCCAGUCGACGUCACAACACGAUGCAAGCGACGACCAAACGCAGCACGUGCCGCAGGAGGCCAAGAAAGAGAAUAAAUAUCCACAGGAAUAUAAUAAUGUGACCAUAUCGGAGAUAGCAAGUCUUGACAGCUCACAGUACUCAGGGAUUGAGGAGAAACUGCUCCCGACCCCGCAGAGAGUGUUCGUCUGCAAGUACUGCUCCAAGCCGUUCAAACGGAAGGACCACUACAAGAUACACCUGCACAUACACACCGGAGUGCGGUCGUUCUUCUGUCCUGACUGUGGAAAAGGUUUCUACCGCAAGGACCACAUGCAGAAGCACAUGCUGGUCCACAACAAGGCCAAGCCUAAGAAGGAGAUCCCCGACCUGUUCCCGAUCAACAUGCUGCCUAAGAAGAAGCAGGUCUUACCAGAAAUCACUAUACAUGCGCCUUCAAACACGAAGCUGCGCGUACCGCUACAGAUCAAGGUUCCGUACCAGAUGGUGAUGUCGCUGGAUAACGGCGAGCAGCGCGCCGUCACCAUCGACCCGCAGGCCUCCACCUCGUAAUGUACUUUAAACAUAUAACAUCAGGCUAUAGUAAAGGUCUCCGGUCGAGUCUGGAUGAGGCUAGCACAUGUACGAAAUUGGCACGAGAAAGAGGAGGCCUAUGCCCAGCAGUGGUAGGAUAAAGGCUGUGGCUGAUGAUGAUGAUAAUAAUUUGGCUUAGCGCAAACGGGCCACCUAGCCUAGCCACCGGUGUCCAGUUUACAAGAAUUUUCUUCGGCGUACAUAGUAGAAUGAGGCUACUUUAUAGUCUUGUUUACGCCGAGCAUUACUCUCACACUGUAAGGCAAAAUCCUCGUCUCAUAUACAGAAGGAUCGAGCAUUGAUCGCCCGUAGAAUUAUUGCUAUAGGAUUGUAUACUGGCCAAAAAUUUUAUCCGCUUGAUAAUUCGUUUCUAUGGCAAGCCAUCUUUUUAAUUGACGAGCGGUAUUUAAAGUACUUAUGUGACGUAUAGUUUAAAUACACUGGAUAAUCUAUUGAAUGAUCAUUUGUAUACCCCUAUAUCGAUCGUUUUUGCACUGUGUCUUUUGUAUUAAAAACUUAACUUUAUACUAUAAAAAUAAGUACUUAAAGGUCUAUAUCAAAUGUGAAAUAAUUAUAUUAAAAAGUAGGUUAGAUUUAAAUAUCUGCUGCGAUCUCUAUACAGUAUACCAUUUAAUUGUAAAUAAUUUUUAUUUUCUUCUAUUCGUGUGUUAAAUGCUUUGGAAUCUCUGCAUGUACUUUUUGCUUAAGAAAGUAAAAUAUAAGAAAUAUAUGUUAAAUAUGUGUGAAAUAAAAAGGAUAUUUAAAGAUGUAUAAGGUGACAGAUGUAUAAAACUUAAUAAUAAUAAUGACUAGAAAAAUAUACUCUAAUGAUAGCAAAAUAGUAAAAUUAUGGAUUGUUUACACUGAAUCAUAUUAUAUAAUAAUUAAUAACGAUACAUUUAAGUUUACAUACAAGUAUAUUGACAAUAUGAACGAGUGAUGUUCACGCCGUCAUCUCGCUUUCCGUCGACAUUGCCAUAUAUGUAUAAUAAAAAGGAAAACUUUUCCUGAAUAAAUUUCUGUACAUAUUUAAAACUUUUGAAGGUCAUAACGACAGCCAAUAAGGUUUUAGAUCUGAACAGACACAUUAUGUACAAAUAAACACUUUUUUACUUAAAGUUGCAUCAAACGGGUGCAGAUUAUGGAUAAUUAUUUAUUAAAACGUAUAGAGUGUAAUAAAAUAUCAUGUAAACGUGUCACCGUCUUUGUGGUAUUAAUGACUGGGUCCAAAUACAUAGUAUAUUGUGAAACAAAGAUCUCAGAAAUAUUUGCAUAUCGCGAUCUUGAACAAAUAAUUAUGAGUACAUGUCUAAAUAACAUUAAAUGUCUUUCGAAUAUUAACUAAGAAUCUAAAGCUGAUUAAAUGUGAUUGAAAUAAAUUUAAAUGUGAAUUAAAAUUGUUAGUAAUAAGUGUCACAUAUUGUGCCAUGUGAACCAAAUACUCGUCGGUGUGUUGCCAGUUGUAGGCUUUAUUUGUACAAAACAUUUAAUGUUUUGAAUAGUUUUGGUUUAUUUUGAAAUGUAUUGCUACCACGAACCAACAUAUUAUAGUAUUCCAAUUUAAACACCACACGUGUAAAUUGCAGUUGGCAACAUUGGAAUAAAGACUAAUGUUGCCAAGAAAAAAAGACAAUACCAAUUUUUAUUAAUGCAUGCUUUGUAAAAUUAGUAUUUAUUUUGGCUACAGCUGGUAACGACGCUGACUAUACAUAGAUGUAAGUUUAACAUUCUGUAAAGUUCCUCUAUUUUGUCUUUUUCACAGAAAAUCAUGUUGUGAUUCUAAUCUAAGUUUAAUAAUGUGUCAUGAAGUACAAAAAUAAAGAAUUUUGCACCUUAAGUUCUUAAUAUACUAUUAAAAAAUAA